AGUAAGAUCUACCCGUGUUUCUCCGCGCACGUGGUACACAAGGUCACAUGACCACUAAGCAAGUGUUAUUAUGAAGUAAGAUGGCGGAACGGUGUUCUUUUCAGAUCACCAUCUCGAACUUUAUGCCGGGUUUUUCCUCUAGAAGGAAAUGCAAGCCUAAGAAGAUGAGAUGAUUGAGAAAAAGCACCUUUCCCAUCACCAUUUAAUAUUCUACUCUCUCUCUGCAUUUAUCAGCUCUAUUCUUAUAAAGAAAAGUUUUGCUUGAAAUUUAUUAUUGUGUUAAUCCUUGUGUAUAUUAAAAGGCAAAAGCAUUGACAAUGGACUGCCACUGAGCUGCAGAAUCAUCAGAUUAUUGUACAGGAGAAUUAUAAUCAUUUCAAAAUACUACAGUAUAUAUAUUAGGAGUGGAAUAUAUAAACAAUCUAGAGACUUUUAUAUAUUUUUUCAUUGAGGGCACGUUUUAUAUUGUUUUGGAUUACCAUGGCGACAGAUGCAAGCUGGAGGGAAUACAAUGAUAGGAGGGACAGAUGCAAAACCUACAGUGACUAUGAGAGUCAAGAUUACUACUCACCUCCCAAGGCCAAAGAGCGCAGCAGAUCUCAGGGGAAUGGAUAUGGAAACUCCAGGUUUUCCUUGACUGGACUCUUUACAGAAAAUACUCUUGAGCGAGAAACAGGAAUCAUUGAAAAACUUCUGCAUUCCUAUGGCUUUAUCCAGUGCUGUGAGCGGGAGUUGAGGAUCUUCUUCCACUACAGCCAGUACAAAGGAGAUUUGGAUGAUUUAAGAAUUGGAGAUGAAGUUGAAUUUGGUGUCUCUUGUGACCAAAGAUCAAAAAAGCCUGUAGCAGUCAACAUCGUUCUACUUACUCCAGGCACUGUUUCCUUUGAGAUUUGCAGUGAGGAGCAAGUCACUGGUAUAGUUGAUGCGGAAGCUCGACUCCUCAAACCUGGUCGCUCUCCAAGUAAUGGAUACAAUGAUCCUGAGUUUGGACGGAUUAGCUAUGAGAUCAAAGGGGAGUGUUUCUACUUGUCUUUCUCUGCCAAUGACUGCAAGGACCCCAAUAUGCCAAUUCACAAAGGAGACAAAGUCCAGUUUGUUGUUUCUAUUGACAAGAGGACAGGUGUUAGCAGAGCAAAGGAUGUUAUGCUGUUGGAGACUGCCAAGGCAGAGAAGUAUCAGGGGGUUGUGUCUUCCAUGAAGGAAUCAUUUGGUUUCAUUGAGAGAGCAGAUAAAGUCAGUGAGAUCUUCUUCCACUACAGUGAGUUCUUGGAUGACAUCAAUGAGUUGACCUUAGGAGAUGAUGUAGAGUUUAUUAUUCAACCCAGAAAUGGAAAAGAAGUAGCUAUGCGCAUUAAGAAGCUACCUGAGGGUACCGUGACAUUUGAAGAUGUCAGUGAGAAGCGUUACCAGGGGGUGAUAGAUCGUCCACUCAGCAAGUCAUCUGCCAAGCGGCAGCAUGACCCACUUCAUGGGCGGAUUGUGUUUGAGACAGAUGAUGGGCCAUCAGACAUUGUGUUCAGUGAGCGGGACGUCAGUGGAGAAUUCUCUUUGAGAACCAAGGAUAUAGUGGAUUUUAAUAUUGCUGUAGAUCGUCGCGAUUCUCUGCGGAGAGCAACCAACAUCACUCUCGUCAAGGUCGCUGAACCAGAGAAAGGAGACAACAGGGAAAUGGGAGUAGUUGCUGCCCUGAAGGAUGGCUUUGGAUUCAUCCGCUGCUGUGACCGUGAUGCAAGGAUGUUCUUCCAUUUUAGCGAACUGGUGGAGUCAAGCCGUCAAAUCCAGAUUGGGGAUGAGGUGGAAUUCAGUAUCACAGAGGAUUCAAACUCUAUGAAGCGAGUUAAUGCCAUCAAAGUCAGGAUUCUACCCAAGGGAACUAUACAAUUUGGAGAUACUACUACUGAAGAGAUUUAUCAGGGUUAUGUGGAUAGGGAGCCCAUGUUUACUGGAAGGAGUCCACAUAAACAGGACUCAAGGGAUAGUGAGUCUGGCUUGAUUUGCUACGAGGACAAAGGGGUCAAGAAGAUGGUUUCAUUUGACAUCCAGAAGAACAGCGAUAUCAGGGCGGCUCCACAGUUUGGGGACUUGGUCAAGUUCAAUCUGACCGAGAGUCAAAGGACCGGCUUCAGGAGAGCAGCCAAUAUCGUGGUGGUGACAAGAAACACUGAUAUCAAGCGCUAUGGCUUUGUUGCUACGCUGAAAGAACACUACGGCUUCCUAGAGACUAGCGACCAUGACAAGGAAGUGUUUUUUCAUUACAGCGAGUGGAAUGACGACCCCAGCAAACUGGAGCUUGGUGAUGAAAUCGAGUACUCGCUCAAAUUUAAAGGGGGAAAGGUUAGCGCAGAGGGCUUGAAUAAGCUGCCUAAGGGGACCAUCCCACAGGAGGAGAUUCAACCGGAAGUGCAUGAUGGAGUAGUGCUCAGGCCUCUCCGUCGUGCCGACCCACAGCAACAAGAGUACUCUGGUUUGAUUGAGCAAGUGGUUGCGCAAGAAGAGAAGGAACCCAAUGAUGAUGUCUUUGAGAAAGCGCCUGCCCAGGCCUUCUCGGUCGAGUAUGGCAUCACCAGCUUGAUUGAUAAGAAGACUGUGCUCCAGUGUGGCGACAGGGUUCGUUUUCAAAUCGGCGUCGAUAGAGAGACCGGCUGCAAGCGCGCGAUGAAGGUGACGCCGGAGAGACAGCGUGUUCGCGCACGCGUGGAGUCCGUCAAAGGCCAGUUUGGGUUUAUUGGCCACGAGAACGAGGAGGGCAAAAAUCUGUUUUUCCAUAUCAGCGAGGUUGCGGAGAACGUGGAGCUUCAGGCUGGUGAUGAGGUUGAGUUCUUUGUUGUACAGAAGCGAGGAGGAAAGCUUAGCGCUGUAAACGUGCGGAAAAUCAGUGAGACUCAGCGUCCGGAGCACCUAAUGCGCAAGACUGCGGUGGAUGUUGUCUCCAAGCCAAUAGUAAUGGUGAUCCGCAAACCGAUCGCGCCAGACGGCACGCGAGGCUUUACCUACCAGAGAACCCUACGCGACCCGCCCCAGACCCCCGACAACCCUGAGCUGCCACAGGCAGACUGUCUCAGUAUGCAAGCAGCUGGUGUCGACGGCUGUCCCAUGGAAGAGUUGGUGGCUAAGAUCUGCGAGGAGUGAAACCAAAUGACAUUAACCCUGAAUUACGCUCAAUUAUCCAAAAACUUAACAAUUUAUAUCUAAAGAUCAUGUAUCAAAAUCUCACGGCAAACAAAAUUUCUUUGAAGAACCAAAUCCCUACUCUUGUGUCUAAGAAAUACUGAGUACAGACAAAGUCCCGUCUAUGUUGCCCUGUACCCAAAGUACUAAGUCUGGGACAAAUUGAUCCUCUGAAAGCUCUGUGCCUCUAGCCUAUGUAUUAUAGUGUAUUAGAGUGUGUACUAGUGGUAGAAUGCUAGAUUAGGCCCUUUGUCAUGACAUCUAAAAAACAAUAUUGUGCGCUUGAGUUUGUAGCAUCGUUUGGACGGCGGUCGUAUAGUUUUUUAUUACGAUUUCGAGUAAGCUGAUGUGAAAUAAAGUUCAAUGUUUGUGGUA